AAACAAAACGUUUUCGGACCUAUGUUUAUAUAAACUUUUACUCAUAUUUUAGGAUGUAGGUUACAUGACCGUCUAAUUUCGGGACACCCUGUAUAUCAAUCCGUCAAAAUUCAUGAAUCAUCAUCGCAAUGCCAUAUGCAAGCAGUGGAUACAUAUUUUACUAUAAGGCGGGGUAAACACAUUGAAAAUUUUAUAAACAAGGAUAUGCAAGAUAAAAAGAAAGAAGAAAUAACAAGAAAUAGACUUUGCUUACACUAAGAAUAAUUGAUAUAAUUUGUUUCAUUGCGAAAGAAGGAAUUGCUUAUAGGGGGAAAAAUGAGAGUGCAUAUAAUCUAACAGAUGAUGAUACAGAAGGAAAAGGAAACUUCCUGGAGCUAGUUUUACUAUUGGCAAAAUAUGACGAUAUAUUUAAACAUCAUGUGGAUAUGCCAGCUAAGGACGCUUUGUCAAGAAAAGAAAAGCAUAAAGACAGCCGUGGCCGAGGUAAUUUAAUUACAUUUUUAAGCAAAACAACGGUAAACAAAAUAAUAACAAUAAUCGGAAUUGAAAUUAAAUUAAGAGUAACAAACGAACUUAAAAAAGCUGGAAAUUGUAGUGUUCAAAUUGAUUCAACCGUGGUUGAACAAUGUUCAAUUAUAGUUCGCUAUAUAGAUAGUGAGGGUAAAGUAAAAGAAGGGUUGUUAGAUAUUGUUCCAGUGGAGAUAAGUACUGGGAUGGCUCUUAAGACCAAAUUAAUUAAUGUUUUAAAUAACUUAGACCUCGACGAGACAAAAAUAAUUGGCUGUAGCUUCGACGGCGCAGCUAAUAUGUCAGGAGACGCUUUAGAUGUCUUUCAGACUAUACCCGUGGAAGAAGAAGAUGAUUUUGAACAACGAUAUGGCCACGAACACUUGGAGCAGUUGUACUGA